GAAACCAAAACCCCAAAACAUUAUCUUAAACCCCAACCAAAAAAAAAAAAAGUGUCCUGUCCGGUGUCCACCAUGAGCACCACCCUCUUCUUCCUUUCACCACCACCUCUUCGCCGCACCACUUUCCCAACUCUCACAUUCAUUUCCCAAAUCCCCUCACUCCGUACAACCACUCUCACAUUCACCCACCUGAAAACCCACAAACGCCGCCGCGACUUCAGAAUCUUUUCUGACGACGGAGACGGCGGAGAAUCCGGGGAUGCCGACAGCGGUGGUGGUGGUGGUGGGGGAGAUGAAAUGAUGGAUGAUGAUGAAGAAGAAGAAGUAGAUGAAGGGGAUAAUAAAAGAGAUUAUGAUGUUGAAUAUGAUGAAAUAAAUAGUGAAGAUGGAAAUGUUAUGAAUUUGAUGAGUAAGAAUUUUGUGUCUACACAAGGAUGGAAUUCUGAAAAAGUUGUUGAUUAUAGAAUUAAUGAAGAUGAGUUUCAUAAAAUUAGUUUGAUGGAUUGUGAUUUCUUUAUUAGAAAACCUCCUGAUCCUGAUAAUGAUGUUUUCGAUUUUCGUGAGAUGUAUGUGACGGAACCAGAUACUGAUGUAUAUGCUAUCCCUAGAGUUCUAGCACCGAUGCCUGAGAAGUACAUAAGAUGUGCAAAGAGUGAUUGGGGAACCUACAAUGUCACAGAACCACCAAUAGAUGCGCUUAGAGAUCCCAUGUACAAAUCAGAGUGGGAGGUUAUGAAGGUGUUUUUGACAAAGCACUACCGGAACAGACGGUUAGAUGAUCCAGAUUUUGUGUUGGACUUUGAAGAGAUUUAUGUCAUUGAUUCAAAAACGAAGUCGAUUACGAGGGCAAAAGUUUUGGUAACUGUUCCAGAAGGAAGAAACAGGGAUCGAAAAAACGACUUUCUUGUUAUUCGGGAUAAUGCGACGUCCUUCAAGAUUAUACCCUCGGAAGAGAGAGACGAUCCAACGACUGUAGUACAUAGAGAAGAGUGGGACAAGGGUAGAAAGGACAUGGAAAGACAUCUCAGCAAGUUACGGGACUUCAAUGUUUCAAACUGGUUCUAGUUUUUAGUUUCUCGACAGGUACUAAAUUUUGUAUAACAUAGCCCUUCAGUUUGUGAGUAGGUACCUUUCUUUAUCUUAGAGAUGAAAUCAAGUUUGAGUGUUGUGUUCCAUAUCUGUGCCAAAUCAUUCUUUUUGUAGAUUAUAAUGACAGAAUAUUAGGACAUCCAGCUGACAAUCUUAUGUGGUUUUUGGUUGUUCUGCAUCUUAUAAAAUAUAAAUUUCUCA